UCAUGAAAAGUGACCAGCCGCUCUCUUGCUGGCAUGAAGAUGCAUGUAUGUCCUGAAGAUUGUCUCUAAACGCCAACAAGCAAAACUACUUACAGACCCCAUAUUCCAAUCAUUCACAGCAUUUCGAAAUUGAAUUGAAACCAACAUGCUUAUUAUAGUGACCGCAGAUCCUGAGUUCACAAUCGCGACGUAAAGUGUCCCAAAAAAUUUCGAAGCAUGCAGCAAGCUUGGUUACCUAGUAGCCAUUCGAGCAAUGCUUUAUCCGACGGCCGUUCAUCCUCGCGUGGAAGCUCCAAAGAACGAAGCGGGAGAAGUAACGACGUCGAAAAGAUUUCGAAUUACGAAGUUCUUGACUUGCUAGGAAAAGGCGGGUUCGCUUGUGUUUAUAGAGCUUUAUCUAAUAGAACAGGACAGUAUGUAGCUAUUAAAAUGAUCGACAAAAAGCUAAUGAAAAGCGCAAAUAUGGCUGGUAGAGUUAAAAACGAAGCUGAAAUUCACUGUCAAUUAAAACAUCCGUCUAUUGUCGAGCUGUAUACUUACUUCGAGGACAAACAUUACGUAUAUAUGGUCAUGGAAUUAUGCGCCAAAGGUGAACUUUACACCUAUAUGAGAUCUAAUCAGAAAGUGUUCACCGAGUUUGAAGCUCAAAAAUUGUUCCGAGAAGUGAUUGAGGGCGUGGUUUAUUUGCAUUCGCAUGGAAUUAUUCAUAGAGAUUUGAGUUUGGCGAACUUGUUGUUGACGCAUUCUGAUCAUUUGAAAAUAUCCGAUUUCGGACUAGCUACUCGAAUGACAGACGUGAAAGAACAACAUUUCACGAUGUGUGGAACCCCGAAUUUUAUUUCACCAGAAAUUGCCUCGAGAAGCGCGCACAGUUUCGAAACUGAUGUUUGGAGUCUGGGAUCCAUGCUUUAUACGUUCUUAGUAGGAAGACCUCCUUUUGAUACGGAAAACAUCAAAUCAACUUUAACCAGAGUGGUGAAUGCUCAGUUUGAAAUACCGCAUCACUUGUCGGCUAAUGCACAGGACUUGAUACAAUCACUUCUGAAGAAAGCUCCUGCGCAAAGGCUGAAGCUUUACGAGAUUCUUGACCACCCUUUUAUGAAGCAAUCUCAGCUUAUGUCAUUUUCAUCAAUGCCUGUCAGCAAGUCCCAGGAAAUGUCAAACUCAAAUGACAGUGGGAACUGCACUAUGGGAAGAACCGGAAAUGAUUCUAGUGCCAACUUCAAAAACUCAUCCCGUAGGAAUUCCUCGAUUUGCAAUGAGAACAAUGGCCGAGUUGCACAUCCCAAAAAAGCGAGCUCUAAUGACGAAUUGCCGCCUAAGCCUCCUAAUUGCGUUACAAGUAAUGGGAACUGCGCAAAGGAGGAAAAUUUAUCUAAUAAACAAUAUCAUAGAAGUCGCUCAAUGGAAGUUUCCAUUGUCUCAGAAAAGUCGGAAAAUGUAGUCAAGUCGCGGAACAACUCGGUUGAGUGCAUGACUAAGAAUCGGAAAGCAAAUGGACACGACAAUCAGUCGAAAAAACGAGACAUCGAUCAAAGUUCGUCUCGAGGUAGUAGUCGGCAGAAUUCGGAACAGUUUUCGGAAAGUAGUUCGAGGCUGCCUCCGGUGAUUCCUCCGUCAUCCCACAAAUCACGUGACAAAGAGCGCGAUAACAGCGAAACGUCGCUUUGCAUGCUAACUCCACCCUUAGAUUCGAGUCGUCUAAAACCGAUCAAACAAGUCACAAAAAGCGCAACUAUUUCCAUUCUCGAAGAUUGCACUGUGUUGUUGGAGUUCUCAAAGACAACAGCUAAAAAAGAGAAAAUAUCGACGGCGCUUAGUAUUUCGCCCGAUGGAAUGAAAAUCACGCUGGUUGAGCCGUCGGGCAAAGGGAACAAUUUAGGUAAAGGACCGUGGAACCCUGAUAAUAGUAAGACAUUUACUUAUCACAAUCUACCUGCUAAACACUGGAAACGAUAUCAAUACGCGGCCCGAUUUGUUCUUAUAAUUCGAUCAAACACUCCAAAAGUGACGUUAUACAACAGUAGUGGUAAGUUUAUGCUAAUGGAUAACGCUCCGAACCCUGAUUGUGAAGCUGUUUACAGAAAUAGCAGUGCCAAAGUCCGAAAAAGCAAAGAGGGGAUUAAAAUUGUCGACACUUACGGAGAAAACCACAUGUUCGAGAACUUGGAACAACUGCAUACUUAUCACGACUCAAAGGUGAAAGACCUAUUCAGUCAUGCUGCGAAAGCUUUUAGCUACUGCGAGAAAGUGGAAAAAGGUAUUAAGAACCUAGAGGAAACUUUGUCGGCCGACUAUCACGAAUCGCUUUUCCCGAUCACGGUCGGAAAACGAAUGGCAUCAAUCAGCCCUAGCUCGACUCCUAGUUCAAACGCCCAAAGUCAACUUACAAUGACUGGGGGCGAAUUCUCAACGACAAGUUUUGGUCAAAUAAGCAUGUCAUCAACAGCGUUGGUUUCCAUGGCUUCCAAGAACGGAAGUUCGGAUCGUACCCAAGGGUUCCUAAAUGGCUCCGGAAAUUCCCUUUCAACGACGUACGACAAUGAGAGACAACCGGCUGGUCGAUUGUCAUCGACUGGUAAUGUAUCGCCAAUUCAAGCCAAACAUAUGACAACGUCAUCGCCUCUGGUCAAUGCAAUUAUCGCCACACCUGGAAAGCAGGUCAACAAACCUCAAAUGGGGUCAUCAUCAGCUCACAAACAGGGUCACCACCAAAGGUCAUCUUCAGCUCAGCCGGUAUCACAUCAUGCAUUGGGUUCAUCAGCUUCAACUUCAGCGUCAUUUGGUCAAUCACAUUCUGGGGUCACUGGGUCAGAUAAGAUCGAAGUCAAGAGUGACUCUGGUUCCUUCCUUGGUCACGUGUCACAGGACGAGAGACUGGGUACAGUGGUCCAGUUCAAAGACGGAACCCAAAUAGUCAUCGAACCUAACUCCUCCCAUUUCUCUCUUACGUCAUCAUCAUCCUCGUCAAUAGCCUCUUCGUCGGGUCACCCGCCGCAGCCGGCAACCACGACUAAGUACAGCUUCAACAGUCGACUCCCAGCAGAUGUGCGAGAGAAGGUCUCGCUGCUUCCUCUUUUCAUAAACGCUCUCUCCAAACACUCAAACCCUUGUUUCUGAGUUCUGAUCAAAUGUUCUGUUCUGUUUCACUUUUAACCUGACUGACAAGUAAAUCAAUCCAUGAAACCUCUAAAAAUUAACCGCAAUCUCACGUUGAGUUUAAAAAAAUAGUUCAAGAAUUUAGACGAGUUUUCCGAGUUGUCUGGUUGCGUCUCGCGAUAAGUUGAAUCUUGUUUGUAAAAGGUUUCACUAAACAGUCAUGGUUAAAAAUGAAAAAGAACCGAAUAAUUGUAAACAUACGAAUAAUUCGAUUGAAUCUCAUUUUCACGUGUCUUUAUUUUUCUAUCCCUCGUAUAAUUCUUCCAAGUUUUGGACUUUUAUUGUUAAUCAGAUUGAUUCCAAAUUUGCAUUAUUUUAUUUUAAUCGUAGUAUUCAUUUAAAUAUACGUUGAUUGAUUAUUAGUUCUCCUUAAUAGUGUUUGAAUCAUCCUCAGUAUAAAAUACGCAAUUUAUUGAAAUGCUCUUAUUUUCUUACUUUUCAGAAAUCGUGCCAUUGUUUUAUAGAUUGAGUCCUUCGUUCGUUCUUGGUUCCUUUUGAGUUUAUUUUCCGGUUCAAAUAAAUGGUGGCGAAAUGAUUUGAUAUUGCGAUUAUUCGUUUGAUAAGGUUAAAAUUCUUUACAAAGUUUGACCAUAUAAAUCAUCAGUGCCCUUCUUGCCUUAGUUUCAAAAAGUGUCUUCUGCAAAAGUGUUGCCUUUGUGGUCUUGUCUGUGUGCUAGAAAUGAGUUGUAAAUUAUGUAAAUAUUGAAUAUUGUAAAGUAGAUUAUCAUUCCUUAUGACAAAAUAAAACGUCCAAGUAGGCAGUUUUGA